GUACGGUACAACAUCAACAGAAUGAACCCUCCUCGUUUACUGUCAGAAAUUAAACAAACCUUUUACGAUCCCAAGUAAUUAAUUAAUUCUCUGUUCAAGUAUUGGAUGUGUUUCAACCUAUAUCAUACAGUCGCCUUAUCUGGACAAAACUCCGUGGAUUAAAGCGGUGUCUGGAGUGUGACCAACUAAAAAGUGCAAAAAAUUGAGUGGAGGAAAGAGCGGAUCUGGAAUGGCCGGAGGAAGAAGAGGAGCGAAUAGAACGACAUAUUGUCGCUCUCCUCUGAGCAACGAUACAGGCUCCGUUGGCAAUGGAAACCAUUCCACUAGCUCACCUGUGACAGGUGUGAGGUCACGCACCAGAAAUGGAUCUGGAACGGGCAUGUCCAGUCCACCGUUGGCCACUCAGACAGUCGUGCCACUGAAGCACUGCAAGAUUCCAGAACUCUCCAUGGACAAGAACGUCCUGUUUGAGCUCCACCUGUUUGCGUGCCAUCUUAUAGCUCUGUUUGUGCAUUAUGUCAACAUCUACAAAACCGUGUGGUGGUACCCUCCCUCACACCCACCUUCACACACCUCUCUGAACUUUCACCUCAUUGAUUAUAAUAUGCUGGUGUUCACCGUCAUAGUGCUGGCACGCAGGCUAAUUGCUGCCAUUGUAAAAGAGGCAUCACAAAGUGGGAAGUUGUCCUUCCCGCACUCUGUCUUCCUGGUGACGGCUCGUUUUGCCGUGCUGACUCUUGCAGGAUGGAGUCUGUGUCGUUCACUUAUUUAUCUCUUCAAGACGUAUUCUGUGCUCAGCCUGCUCUUCCUCUGCUAUCCGUUUGGAAUGUACAUCCCGUUCUUCCGCCUCAGCUGUGAUUUCCGCAGAGCUGGAUCUAUGUCUCCAUUAAGUGGCAUUGGUUCUAAAGAUGUGGGUGCGGCUGCUUUGGGCCGAGGGGGGCGGGACUAUUUGUCUGUCCUGAAGGAGACAUGGAAACAGCACACCAGUCAGCUGUACAGUGCCCAGCCCAUGCCCACCCACGCCUGCUGUCUCUCCCCUGACCUCAUCCGCAAAGAGGUGGAGUACCUAAAGAUGGACUUCAACUGGAGGAUGAAGGAGGUUCUGGUUAGCUCCAUGCUCAGUGCCUACUAUGUUGCGUUCGUACCUGUUUGGUUUGUCAAGAGCACACAGUAUGUAGAUAAACGCUGGUCGUGUGAGCUGUUCAUCCUGGUGUCCGUCAGUACUUCAGUCAUUCUGAUGCGGCACCUCCUACCUCCGCGAUACUGUGACCUGCUUCAUAAAGCUGCAGCUCAUCUGGGCUGCUGGCAGAAAGUGGACCCGUCGCUGUGCUCAAACGUUCUCCAGCACAUAUGGACAGAAGAGUACAUGUGGCCGCAGGGAGUUUUAGUCAAACACAGUAAAAAUGUUUAUAAGGCCAUGGGUCAUUAUAACGUGGCAGUUCCCUCAGAUGUCUCACAUUAUCGCUUCUAUUUUUUCUUCAACAAACCUCUUCGAAUAUUGAACAUUCUCAUAAUCCUGGAAGGUGCAAUGAUAUUUUACCAGCUUUAUUCACUGAUGUGUUCAGAGAAAUGGCAUCAAACGAUAUCAUUAGCUCUAAUAUUAUUCAGUAAUUAUUAUGCCUUUUUCAAGCUGCUCAGAGACAGAAUAGUUUUGGGGAAAGCGUAUUCGUAUUCAGCCAGUGCCUCUAAUCAGAAAGUCAGUUAGAAAGGGAUAAAUUAUUGUCAGUCAUCACAGAAGAGCAGAAAACGUGCAUGAGAGUUGUUUAUUUUUUCUACAAGUGCAUUUUUUGUCUGUUUAUGUUCUGACUUGCCAUGAAAUAAAAAGGAAACAUAUUUUUUUA